UCCUCCACAAAAACGGCGACGUGGUGGAAGAGAGUGAUAUCGUUAUUUUCUCUGUCAAACCUCAAGUUGUUAAAGAUGUAGUUUUGCAGUUGAGGCCACUACUUUCCAAAAAGAAGCUGCUAGUUUCAAUUGCUGCUGGAGUCAAAUUGAAAGAUCUGCAGGAGUGGGCUGGUAACAGCCGAUUUAUUAGGGUAAUGCCAAACACUCCAUCUGCUGUUGGUGAGGCAGCAUCAGUUAUGAGCUUGGGAGUAGGUGCAACAGAACAAGAUGGAGACCUAAUAGCUAAAUUAUUUGGAUCAGUAGGAAAGACGUGGAAAGCUGAUGAAAAAUUGUUUGAUGCAGUUACUGGCGUUAGUGGCAGUGGUCCUGCAUAUAUAUAUUUGGCGAUAGAGGCUUUGGCAGAUGGAGGAGUUGCUGCAGGUCUACCUCGAGAACUUGCACUGGGUCUAGCAUCUCAAACUGUAAGUCUGCUUAUAUUGCAUGGUGUUUUACUACUCAACCAGUCAUGUGACAUCAUCACACCAUCGUGUAUUUGUGUCUAUUUGUCACAAAUUGUAACAAUGUAG